GAAAACUACGAUUCAAUUAAUAUUACAUCCUGCGGUAGCUCUGCUACACGUAUCUAUCAUUGUUUCUUGCUUCAUGCUAGCGAAAAUCGUGUCAGACUGGUCAACAAACCAAGCUUGCUGUGUUUGCGGCGUACCGCGGAAAAAGAGCGGAACGCCACUCAGCAUGGAUCCAAGCUUUGUAAAGCCUUUGCAUUGCCGAGCACCAAGCUCUUCUUCCGUCUCCGCAGAGCAGGUGUCAUGGACUCAUCUAUCACUCUUGUAAAUCCCGGUUCACCGACGUCGUAUUUCUUAAACGCUGCGGAUCCGAAGAACAUUAUUGUGUAUGCACACCCAAGUGACCCUCUGUACCAGAUAGAGAUGGAAGCCGGGCAGAUCAAGAUUAUUGAUGCACAUCACCCGUCUCGAGUGCUUGCAAUCAUACACCACAAGGGAUUGCGCCCAGACACAUUGUCUUUUCCAGCACGAGGCGAGAAGAGCGUCAUAAGCACGCAGAAAUGGUUGAAGAAAACCAAACUACCAGACGGAACCGUGGUACAUGUUAUGGAUACAGAGAACGGGUCAUACAUGUGGAAGGUCCACUCCAGCUUUUGUCAAAAGAUUUACCAGUAUGGCGAUCUUGAAACUGAAGUUGCUUGCUGUCGUUGGCAACAUGCCCACGGCAAGCCUGCUCUCGUCCUAGAAUAUGGUGCAGAACCCCUGCGGGAUGUCAUCAUCAUUGGCUACUUCGUUCAGAGACAUAAGAUAACGAUGGAAGAGAGAGCAAUAGAUGUUUUUGUCGGUCCAUGGUAGUAGUCUGAUUGAGGU